UUGCAAGGCACCGGUUACCUGAACAUGUCCUCCUUUUUUCAGCGUUUCUAGCGCGUCACCCCUGACCAUCUUCUAUCUUCUUACUGACCAACCUGGGUUUGUUUUUUCUCGUGCACUCGGUGACACCUGUUGCUUCCUUAAUGUCCAAGAAUCAGUUUCCUCUCUCCUUCAUAAACCGGGAUAAGAGAAAGCAUACCAAAGCAAUGGAUUCAGAUUAUGGUGUUGAGCUGAAGGGAUCUGUUUGCAGGAUCAAGAACUGUGCUGUUGAGCUCUUCUCGAUGGAGGAUGACUUGUUGAUUGAUGAUGAUGAAGACUCGUGGGACCUAGUUGAGAGGGAUCUCCGGCUGAAGGCCACCUUCUUGUAUAUUGACCUCAGCCGUGUGAUCUCCUCCUGCGAGAGUGAUGAGCGCAAAAAGACACUCACCGGGCUAGCCAACAAGUUCUUCUACUUCAUGGACGAGCUGGACAAUGCGGUGAAGGACAGAAGCGUGACACUGAUGCAGGCGUGCUACGGCGACACGGCUCAUGCUCUCCGCGAGGUGGUCGCGGCGCUUGUGCCGUCCCAUUAGCAGGACAUAGAGAGAGCAAGAUCUGCGAGCUUCACAUUUCCUGAAAUUGCUCUAAAACUUGUACAAAGUGGGUUGGCCGACAAGAGAGAAAUGAGGCGGGCGCAGAUGGCCUGUGUGUAAUGUGCAUAUAUCCUAAAAUGGCUUUAGCGUCUAGCAGUUUGCCUUGCCCAGUUGCCCUCAUGGUUUCGGUGAUUUGUGCGAGUAGUGAUCUGCAAUGCAGUGUAAAACUAAAAGGCGGACCUGUGA